GGCUCCGAGCCAGCUCGGCGUCAAAGCCUGCCACCUACCCCAGGCCGCGCGGCGGUGUUUCCGCCUGGCGGGACGGCGCUCAGGCCCCAGCGCAGGAAGAUGUUCAACGUAGAGUCGGUGGAGCGGAUGGAGCUGUGCGAGAGCCUCCUGACUUGGAUCCAGACAUUUAAUGUGGAUACACCAUGCCAGACUGUGGAAGAUUUAACGAAUGGGGUUGUGAUGGCCCAGAUUCUUCAAAAGAUAGAUCCUACAUAUUUUGAUGAAAAUUGGCUAAACAGAAUCAAAACUGAAGUGGGAGACAAUUGGAGGCUAAAGAUUAGCAAUUUAAAGAAAAUUUUAAAAGGAAUCCUGGAUUACAAUCAUGAGAUUUUGGGACAGCAGAUUAAUGACUUUACCCUUCCUGAUGUGAACCUUAUUGGGGAGCAUUCUGAUGCAGCAGAGCUUGGAAGGAUGCUUCAGCUCAUUUUAGGCUGUGCUGUGAACUGUGAACAAAAGCAAGAGUACAUCCAAGCCAUUAUGAUGAUGGAGGAAUCUGUUCAGCAUGUUGUCAUGACAGCCAUCCAAGAGCUAAUGAGUAAAGAGUCUCCUGUCUCUUCUGGAAAUGAUGCGUAUGUUGACUUGGAUCGCCAGUUGAAGAAAACUACAGAGGAACUAAAUGAAGCUUUAUCAGCAAAGGAAGAAAUUGCUCAAAGAUGCCAUGAAUUGGAUAUGCAGGUUGCAGCAUUGCAAGAGGAGAAAAGCAGUUUAUUGGCAGAAAAUCAAAUAUUAAUGGAAAGGCUCAAUCAGUCUGAUUCUAUAGAAGACCCCAACAGUCCAGCAGGAAGGAGGCAUUUGCAGCUCCAAACUCAGUUAGAACAACUACAAGAAGAAACAUUUAGACUAGAAGCAGCCAAAGAUGAUUAUCGGAUACGCUGUGAGGAGUUAGAGAAAGAGAUCUCUGAACUUCGGCAGCAGAAUGAUGAACUAACUACUUUAGCUGAUGAAGCCCAGUCUCUAAAGGAUGAAAUAGAUGUUCUUAGACAUUCUUCUGAUAAAGUGUCUAAACUAGAAGGUCAAGUGGAAUCUUAUAAAAAGAAGCUAGAAGACCUUGGUGAUUUGAGACGCCAGGUUAAACUCUUAGAAGAGAAGAAUACUAUGUAUAUGCAAAACACUGUUAGUCUGGAGGAAGAGUUAAGAAAGGCCAAUGCAGCUCGAAGUCAGCUUGAGACAUACAAGAGACAGGUAGUAGAACUACAAAAUAGAUUAUCUGAAGAAUCAAAGAAAGCGGAUAAAUUAGAUUUUGAAUAUAAACGUCUAAAAGAAAAAGUUGACAGCCUUCAAAAAGAAAAGGAUAGGUUAAGAACAGAAAGGGACUCACUGAAAGAAACCAUUGAAGAGCUUCGUUGUGUACAGGCUCAAGAAGGGCAGCUCACCACUCAAGGGUUCAUGCCUCUGGGCAGUCAGGAAUCUUCAGACAGCCUAGCAGCAGAGAUUGUUACACCUGAAAUCAGGGAGAAACUUAUUCGUCUUCAGCAUGAGAAUAAGAUGUUAAAAAUUAACCAAGAAGGUUCCGACAAUGAAAAAAUUGCCUUAUUGCAGAGCCUCCUAGAUGAUGCAAAUCUACGCAAGAAUGAACUGGAGACUGAGAACAGGCUGGUGAAUCAAAGACUUUUGGAAGUACAGUCACAAGUUGAAGAACUACAGAAAUCUUUACAGGAUCAAGGCUCAAAAGCAGAAAAUUCAGUUCUUCUCAAAAAGAAGCUUGAAGAGCAUCUAGAGAAGCUACAUGAAGCAAAUAAUGAAUUGCAGAAGAAGAGAGCCAUUAUUGAAGAUCUUGAGCCCAGAUUUAACAACAGCUCCUUAAAAAUUGAAGAAUUACAAGAAGCUUUACGGAAGAAGGAAGAAGAAAUGAAGCAAAUGGAAGAACGAUAUAAAAAAUAUUUAGAGAAAGCCAAAAGUGUUAUCCGUACCUUAGAUCCUAAACAAAAUCAGGGAGCAGCGCCAGAAAUACAAGCUCUCAAAAAUCAACUCCAGGAACAGGACCGACUAUUCCACUCAUUAGAGAAAGAAUAUGAGAAAACGAAGAGUCAAAGAGACAUGGAGGAGAAAUAUAUUGUUAGUGCCUGGUACAACAUGGGAAUGACUCUGCAUAAAAAAGCAGCUGAAGAUAGACUAGCUAGCACUGGUUCAGGGCAGUCAUUUCUAGCUAGGCAAAGACAAGCAACCAGCACAAGAAGAUCUUAUCCAGCCCAUGUUCAACCAGCUACAGCAAGGUAGAGAAGUCUUACCAUUAGAAAUAAAAAAAAAACCCUUCAUUGAAGCAUACUUGUGUUACAUAUAACAACAUUUUGGGAAAUUCAGCCAGCUUAUUUUUUGUUUCUCUUCUAUUUUAAUAUUUAGUGUUUCACAUUUGAGGACUUUUUCUCUCUUGUAUCUUUGUUUUAGGUUCUUUGUCCUUUAUUUGUAGACUUUUUAGUUCUUUUAAUGUGCCAAAAAUUUGUAAAUGUCCAAUUAAAAGUGUUGUAUAAUAGUGUAAUACUUUUCUUUGUAUGGAAAUGUCCUCUUCCUCAAUGGUGUAGGCUUUGUAUGGAAUUAGAUUUUCUGCCAAUAAUUGAUAUACAAUUUAUAUUCUGUAUUGUGCUUAUGUGUUACUCUGCUUUAUAAGAAUGUCUUUGUUUAAAGGGAAUUAAUCUUUUUAUAAUGUAUUAAUCUGUGUUUUCAGUUGUUUUCCAAAUGCAUUUGAAAUAACUUACAUAUUUACUACACAGAAUGGUUGGCAAGUGCACUUUUUGCAAAGACUUAAAUACAUUGGCAGAGGUGCUAAUUAAAUCUUACCUAAAGCACCUUGGCAGAAUUAUUUAGAGGGAAAAAAUGAGUAAUUAUUUACAGGAAACUAAAUUGUCCUAAGAUUUGGAGAAAAUUUUGAAAACAUAAAUAUGUGAAAUUUUAUUAUUUUAUGCUAUUCUGUUUUAUGGCAGAAGUAAAUAUAUUGGUGAUGUUAUUUGGGGAGAAAUUUUAGAAGAAAGAAGUCAGGUAGUACAUUAAUUUUUUUCCUUGCUUUAGAAUAUCUUAGUAUCUGAGGAUCAGAUUCUAGCCAUGUGCUUUACAUUUAUACUUUUCAACUGUUCUUCACAACUGAAAGAUUUAUUUUUCAUAUACUUACGGUUAUGGGAAGCCUUAUCUGUUGGACAGUUUGUUGACUUGUGCCUCAUUUGUUUUACUUAUUCCUUCAUUUAAACCUUUCCAUUUCUCAGUAUUUCCUACUAAACAUUUUCAUAUCAGCCAUUAAGAUCAUAAAUGACUUCUAUAUGUAAUAUUAUGACAGAUCUCUUAAUAGUUUUUCUUAGUUAUAUCUACUAGUCCAAGAAUUUGUUUCUCAAUAGAUUUUCUUGGGUAUUUUCUUGCCUCAAAGUGCUUAUAGACCAUUUAUUUACAUUGAAGAAUGACUGUCAAGAAAUCUUUGUAAAAUUGCUUCUCGGCCUUUUGGCUAAGAUCAAGUGAAAUCUUUGUAAAGCACUUUCUCUAUAUAAGGUGCUAUGUAAAUGUGAGAUCUCAUUCACUUGAAGAUGAAAUGCCUUCGGUCCAACUUUUUCCAUAUUGACUUGUGUAAGUUAUUUGGUCCCAAAUUAUAUUUAAGUGCCCAUCCAGAUUUUUUCUUAUACCAUAGCAUGUUUCUUAAAAGCAAAACAAUCCUGAAAUUAGGUCAGUUUUUUGUUUGUUUUUACAUAGGUCACCUAAUAGGAUGAUGUUAUUUCAUGUACUUGCUAUUUGGAAAUUGGGUUUCAUUUAGUACUGUGUAUUAAAUUCCAAAUAAGUAAGGGCUGGGGAUUUUGCUCAGUGGCAUGGUGCCUGCCUCACAAGCCCAAGGUCAUGAGUUCAAUCCCCAGUACCAACAAAAAACAAAAAUAAAUUACAAAUAAGUAAUUUAAACCAAGCUCAGUGGUUCAGAAACUAUAUAUGUUUGAUUUUUAAAUCCUAUUUCCUUUUUUGUAAGUUGACUUAAAAGUGUAGUGUUUUUAUUUAUUCUCAGAAAUCAUCCUUGAAGAAAGGUAUUAGAAUACACACAGAAAUGACACCAUGAACUGUGCAGUUUUUUACAUUAAUGCGAAAGUCUGAGGACAGUAUGAGUACUUCUGCCCACUAAGAGUAUAAUGCAGCAAGAAUUAGUAAUAAUAAAGCCAAGUGAGUAGAAUCAUUGUGGGGUUUUUGGCAAAGUAGACUCAGUCAACCUAUCUGCCUGCCUGCCUGCCUACCUGCCUGCCUGUCUGCCUGCCUGUCUGUCUGCCUGUCUGUCUGUCUUGACAGUCUCCCUAUAUUGCUCAGGCUGGCCUCAAGCUAUCCUCCUGCUUCAGCUUCCUGAGUAUCUGGAAUUACAGGCAUGUAUCACCUCCCUGGCUAAUGUAUCAAGUUUUGACAAUAAAAGAUUUUUUUUAAAUGUAA